AUGCACAGUGACACACUACUGUUUAUCAAUAAUUAUAGCUCCACUCUGAUCACAAUUGGAUUUCUCCAAGAGGCUGAAAAGCUACUCCGAGAUAUGUACUUCAAGCGGGUCGAAUUGCUUACUGAAGACCAUCCUGACACCAUCCUGAACCUCGCGAAUUACGUACUGGCACUGACGUUCCAAUCCAAACUCACAGAAGCUCAGAAGUUGAAUGAUCACGCGUUGUACCUGACGAGAAAGAAUCAGUCGGAAGGGAAAAACUCACUUCUGCUACUUCACAAUAAAGGUGUCAUUAACUCGAUGUUGGAUAGAUUAGUAGAAGCAAAGGAAUGCCUUCAAGAAGUAGUGCGAUUGAGAGGAGAACACCUCGGUGAUCUCCAUCCAGACACUCUUCUGAGUAUUCAGGAACUUGGUCGUUGCGAGCUCGCGCUUGGGAAUCAUAAAGCUGCAGAAGUACAUCUCGAACACAGCUGGAAGCAGUGCGAGGAGCAGCUUGGAGAGGACCACUUUUUCACCAUAUUAGCUGCCGGGACUAUGACGACUUUGCGAAGAAAGCAAGGUAGAUUGGACGAGUCUGAGGCUUUGGCUAGGACGAAUCUCGCUAGCAGUCAACGAGUCUUAGGUCUACACCAUCGGCAGGCCCUUGGAAGGCAGGGUAAUCUUGCACAGGUCUUGUCUAGCAAGGAGCAGUACAAACUUGCCAGUGACUGUAUCAGCGAUGCCUUGACGACCUCGACUCGACUUUACGGGGGGAAUGAUCCACAGACCCUUGCCAUAAAGCACAAGUGUGCUUCGAUCUUAGAUGAGAGUGUGGAGACCUACCACCAAGCCGCACAUGCAUAUCAGGAGUUGCUUGUAGACUAUUCGAGUUAUUAUGGCUGCGCCUCUUCCGACAUCGUUUCGGCACGAAGUCAAUACGCAUCCCUAUUGUGCAAGCUUGACAAACUUGAGGAGGCAGAGGAGCUAAAUCGCGAGAAUGUCACAAUAUGUCAAAACAACCUUGGUCAGGUCCAUCGACUGACAUAUAAUGCUUUUCAAGGCCUUGCCUUCGUCCUCGCGCCGGACCACCCUGAUUCAGCCUAUUUAAGUAGCCAGUGUGAACAGUCCGUGAUUCCAGCGGCAAUGAACGCGUCUGCGGAGCGCGAACGCCGGCGGCAAGAAAGUCUCAAACUUCGACAGCAAGUGAUCGAGAUUAACACGACUUUGUUGGGACACGAUGAGGAGCCAACUAUUCGGCAUGUGCUUGGUCAUGACAAUGGAAACACCUUGGCUUCGAAGAAUGCUCUUGCACUAUCUCUGCGAUAUCAUGAGGACAUCAAAAGAGCCUUCCAAUUGGACCAAGAGUUGUUAGACCACAAGAAAAUCGUCUUUGGAACAGGUUCAUUACAAGUCCUGCACACCAUGAACAAUCUUGCCAUGGAUUAUUAUGAUCUGCGGGACUUCAACACGCAGUGA